GAGAUUCACUCAGAGCUGCCAUCUCAAGCUGUCUGCAGCCUCAGAUUCCGGACGGGGAGGCCUGCGAAGUGCAGGGACGCAACUUGUUCGCAAAGCAAGGGCGCGGAGGAAGUAGCCCUGGCGGUUCCGAGGCAGGCAGCCCCCGGCCUUGCUCUCUUGGCCAGGAAAGGGAGCCCCGCGGUAGGCCCUCGCCGCCCAGCCGACUGCCUCUUUAAAUCCCAAGGUACCUGGUGAGGCGCCGGGGCGGAUCUUCUGGCCGCCUUUCUCCUCCUCCCGGUCACUCCCCGGCAGGUUGUGCGCUCCUGUUUCUGGGACUCCGCCAGGCACCAGCCUUGCCGAGCGGCCAGAUGUUGCAACCGCCACCCCUCGCUCCUGGCUCUGUCCGCCGCCGGCUCCUCCGUCUCCCGCCCAGACCCACCGGAGCAGCCCUCCCGCAGCCGGAGGAGGAGGAGGAGGAGGAGGAAGGGCCCCACCCCUGGGGAUGCGCUGCUGAGGCCGCGGCGGAGCGAUGGGGAUGCUGCUGCCCGGGGAUCGCGGCUUUCUCCUGGGGAUCUGGGCUGCUCUUCGGCGCAGGCUGCAGGGCGAGAAAUCCUGGGCCAGGCGGCUGGAUGAAAUCAGCCUGUUGCAGCAGAAAAGGAUCUGGGAGUCUCCUUUCCUCCUUGCUGCCAAGGAAAACGAUGUCUCAGCCAUUCAGAAGCUCCUUGCCAGCCAUAGCUGCGACAUUCACGAGAGAGGUGCUGUUGGGGAGACAGUGCUUCACGUAGCUGCCUUGUACAAUAGCGUGGAAGCAGCCCAGGUCUUGAUGGAUGCAGCUCCAGAACUUGUGAAUGAGGCUAUGACAUCAGAGCUGUACACAGGGGAGACAGCUCUUCACAUAGCUGUGGUGAACAAGAACCUGAAACUGGUGAAAGCUUUGCUUGAGAAGGGGGCAGAUAUUAAUAGCCCACGAGCUACUGGAUAUGUCUUCAGGUGCAGAAGUGACAACCUUAUCUAUUUUGGGGAACACAUUUUAUCUUUUGCUGCCUGUGCAGGGAGUGAAGCAAUUGUGCAGCUGCUCAUUGAAAAUGGCGCCAACAUCCGCGUACAAGACUCCUUGGGUAACUCUGUCCUUCACAUCCUAGUUCUCCAGCCGAACAAAGCAUCUGCCUGUCAAAUGUACAAUCUGUUCCUUUGCUACAGCAAGGGAGAGAGGGAGCUGGGAGACCUGGACUUGGUCCUCAACAACGAGGGGCUCACUCCAUUUAAAUUGGCUGGUGUUGAGGGCAACACGGUGAUGUUCCAGCACCUAAUGCAAAGAAGAAAGCACAUCCAAUGGAUUUUUGGGCCUUUGACAUCCACCUUGUAUGACCUCACGGAAAUUGACUCCUGGGGUGAUGAUCAGUCGCUUCUGGAGCUCAUUGUCACCUCCAGAAAGAGAGAGGCUCGUCGGAUCCUAGACCUUACCCCAAUAAACGAGCUAGUAAGCCUGAAGUGGAAUAAAUAUGGAAGGCCAUAUUUUUGCAUCUUGGCCUUAUUCUAUGUCCUGUACAUGAUUUGCUUCACAAUGUGUUGUGUCUACCGGCCUCUGAAAGAGCGGAACUGUAACAAAACACAUGAAAGGGACAACACAAUCUAUGUUCAGAAACUUUUGCAGGAAUCUUAUCUUACUCCUGAAGAUGACCUCAGGUUGGUGGGUGAGCUUAUCACUGUUAUCGGAGCGGUAGUGAUAUUGAUUCUGGAGAUUCCAGAUAUCUUCAGAGUAGGAAUCACAAAGUACUUUGGGCAAACUAUCCUUGGAGGACCUUUCCAUGUCAUCAUCAUCACGUAUGCCUUUAUGAUCCUGGUGACCAUGGUGAUGCGUCUCACUAGCACCCAUGGAGAGGUGGUCCCCAUGUCCUUUGCUCUGGUGCUUGGCUGGUGCAACGUCAUGUACUUUGCACGAGGGUUUCAAAUGCUGGGGCCCUUCACUAUCAUGAUCCAAAAAAUGAUCUUUGGAGACCUACUGCGCUUCUGCUGGCUGAUGGCAGUGGUGAUACUUGGCUUUGCAUCUGCGUUUUACAUUAUCUUCCAGACGGAAGACCCUGAUGAACUGGGGCACUUCUACAACUACCCCAUGGCCCUUUUUAGCACUUUUGAGCUCUUCCUUACCAUCAUUGACGGACCUGCCAACUAUGAAGUGGACUUGCCUUUCAUGUAUGGGAUCACGUACUCUGCGUUUGCGGUCAUUGCCACCCUCCUUAUGCUCAACUUACUUAUUGCCAUGAUGGGCGAUACUCACUGGCGUGUGGCCCAUGAGCGGGAUGAACUUUGGAGAGCACAGGUUGUUGCAACCACCGUCAUGCUAGAGCGUAAACUCCCACAAUGCCUCUGGCCUCGGUCUGGGAUCUGUGGGCAGGAGUAUGGGCUGGGCAACCGGUGGUAUCUCAGAGUUGAAGACCGUUGUGAAAACCGCCAGCAUAAGCUACAGCUGCGUGCUAAAACAUUUGAGCCCCACCGAAGGGAUGCCUUUGAAAAGUACUUGAAGGGCAAAUUGACACCGGGGGCAGAAGAUGGUGGGCAUUCUCACUCAAACAAGCAGAUGCCCUUCGGCACUCCUUCAGACACACCAAAUUCAUCACGGAGGAGCUCUAACUGUGGCUGGGACAUCUUACGGCGCAACACGCUGGCCCAGCUUCAGGGAUACACCAACCGUGCCAUGGAAGAGGAAGAGGUCUACCAUGUCUGAGCACAAGAACUAUUAUUGCCCCUGUGCCCAUGGAAGAGUCUCCGUGUGGCGUAGGCAUCCUUCCAAGUGAAGGGGGCAGGUCACUCAGUGCUAUCAUAAUGACCAUGCUAACUUACGAUUCUCUGGCACUGAUGACUGUCAAUGACCGUUAAUGCUUUGGAACCCACAUUUGCAGGAAGGUCUCCUGUUGAAGUGCAAGCAAACACGCCAAUGUCCGAGCAUUGUCACAUGUCUAGGAGAACUUUUUGGGAGAUGACCAAGAUAGUGGCAUCCUUAGGACUCCUUUUCAGAGCCUCCAUAAGUGCUGUUGAUCUUAGGUUGUGAGUGAGAAGACUGGUCUAAGUUUGCGUGUGGUCUUGGAGAAUAGGUCUCUUCCUCCUCAGCCACUUAAAAGUUCCUGCAUGUUUCACAGAACGUCUGAUGGGGUCAAGAGCUGGUAACAUGCAUAAUUUUAUAUAUGUAUGUUUAGAGAUUCAGAGAAUAAUCCAGUCUCAUUGGGAUACAUUUCACCAUACAUGCCAGUAGACAGCUACAGUAAAUCCGAGGGUGCAGCAAUACAUAUUACAAGAAGCAUGAAGUAGCUGCUGCCCUGUGUGGCUGUUGCUUUAUCCUCCCCUCAUCCUGGCCACAUUCAGUAUGCUGCACUGUGCGUGUGUCAGGUCAUUAUGCUGACCUCCUUACGUGAUUGCUUCUUGUAUCACCUAGUUCCACCCCACAGACUCCUAGAACUCUUCAGUGAAGGACAUUUAGCCUCUUCCUUGGAACAUGUGUUGACUGCUCAGCUGAGCUGAACAGGCAAAUUAUUUAUUAAUGCAUAGUUCAAGCCUACACUUGUGCAACUGAAAUCUCAGCCUCCUUGCCCUACACCUGGAUGGCAAAAGACAAUAACUUGACAGUUUUAAGGCAGCUUUCUAAUUUUAGGAGCAUUUUAAUGACUCUCGUGGCUGUUUCUUAAGGUCAAAAGCUCAUUUUCAUCAGACUGGGGUGGGGAAUCAUUUCUCUGCACUCUUUCGGCGCUCUUUGCCUCUCUGCUUUUGAUUUUGCUUCUCCUCUGUGCUCUCUUGCUGAGCUCCAUCUCUUGCUGUUUUUCGCUCCAUGCUCUCUCUCUUUCUGUGUGCAGUUUUGCUUUCACUCACUCUCUUCACCCCUGCUUCAAACCAUUCCUUGUGCAAGUUAUAUUUGAACCCAUUUAUCAUCACUAGUGUCUGCUUCAAUAUUUCCUACAGGAUGUCAGUAUUUUUCUUUCUUUGUAUUACUGCUAAAACAUGACAUUGCAGAGAUUGCAUGACUACCGCCAGAAACAGCAGCCCCUGCGUCUCUUCCACUCUUUUGAAACUGUCUAGUAAACUAGAAUGUGGAAAAUGACAUGGCAUCAUAGCAGCCAGUGAGGUGCAGGUGAGGCUAGAGAAACCUGCAAUGCGAUGAUGUCACAUACGUUUUCCUUAGCUACGUUACCGGGGUGAGAUGAGGAAGUCCUCUGGGGAUGUUGCUUUUGACUUAAGAUUGCCACCUCUCUGAUGAAAGUGAACUACCGGUCAUUUAUACAUGCUAAUUUAAUGAAUUAUAUUUAUUUUUUUAAAAAGAUCUUUAUCAGUGGUGCUUUGCUGUAGACCUAAUUUUUCUGCUUUACUGUCCUUUUGCUUGUGAAUUUUGACUUUGCAUUUCUAGGCCUCUGUUGAAUUUGACUUAAUUUUCUGCCCAAUCCUUCAAUUCCUUAAAUUUGAUGUCACAGGGUAACUUUAGAAGAGUGUGGAGUCUCUUUUAUAUUGUGUUGUUUGAAAAUGUGGUGUGUGUAUUCUGUAUUUUUUGUUCAAGUAAUUAUGUUAAACUAGAUCUAUGUUAAAUACAGAAUUAGAGAAGCCUUGGUCCUACGGGUGGUAUUCAGUGCUAAUCCUAUUGAGAGUAGAUCCACUGAAGUUAAUAAACAUGACUAACUUAGGUUCAUAUAUUUCAGUGGGUCUACUCUGACUUUAAUUGGUUGAAUGCAACCCAUAAUGACUGGGCCACAGCCACCCAGUGAGCUUUAUGAGUUCUGGAUCCAUUACUGAACAUUUUUGCAAAUGCUUCUGUUACAAAAUACAUUUUUAAAAUGCUGUGUCUGCACAAUUUUCUUUAUUUUAGAUAUUUUUAGGCUGCCUUUCUGGAAAGAAUCCUCUCAGUAAUAGCAUAGUGACCUUUAUUUUGCAUGUUCAAAUCUUAAAAUUUUAAUGUUUAAAAAUACAUCAGUCACCAUUUUCUAGUGCAUCAGAGCUUGGAUGCCAGGUCUCUCUAUGGUAAAAAAAAGGCAGUUGGUGACUUCUUUCAUUUUUAUACCCCUUACAUUAAUCCAGAGACCUUUGAGAGCAGGAGCUGUCAAGAGUUCCCCUUACUUGCUGUCUAUGUAUGAGCAACAGGAGAGGGAAAUAAGAAUGCCUGAAUUUUCUUCCGCCAUAGGGCUGGGAAGGGGACAGAACUGCUGCAACGCAUGCAUACUGCUUGGGCUGAGCUGUGGGGGUGCUCUCCCCUCCUCUGCACACACAACCUCUUGCAUCAUGUAUAUCCAAAGGCUGGGGAUGAUCUAUUCACUGACACCUAUUUCCAAAAGCACAUUGCUAAAAUUUAAUGCAUCAUCUUGAGCCAGCAGUGAGGAACUGUGCAUGGAAGUGGGCUUCCAUGUGUAAAACGUCUUCUCCCAAUACCCAUCAGCUGAGGCUUUUCAUGCAUUUUCUGAUACUGCAUGUUGGUGCUCAGCACAUCUGUGAUCUCCUUGGUCUGCAUUUCCAUUCACCUUGUGCUGUCAAUGGGAAUGCAUUUAUUAAUUUAUCUGACAGAUUUGUAUUUCAUUGUCUGCCACCAUGUGUAUAUAACCACUUGGUAAGCUGAUCAUUUGUAUUGUCCUUCCAUGUGGUGUGAAAAUGCUUUCUGCAUCUGAUCAAGAAUCCAGGCACUUUAGAGGGUGAGUGGCAGAAUCUCCUCACCACUUGGCAAGACAAUACAGACAACCAUAGUGGCACCUAGUUGAGAUAAUGCUUGGUUUAUUUUCAUCCAGUGUAGUUAUUAUCAGUGCAUUUAUUAGCCACAUGCAGGACAUUGUUACAUGUGACUGUGUCUGGAUCAGGGUGUAUGUCUGCUGACAAGAAAAAUGCACACCUACUAGAUUAUAUGCAAUAAACUGCUACCUCUCUCACAAUAGAUGUUUGUUUCUUAUAUUACAAGAAGCUAAACCACAUUGAUCAUAUUCAUACAUUCAAACCCAAACUCUGCAUCAUGAAUUGCAAAGGCAUCCUAAGCCAAAAAACACAAGUUACUUUCUGCAGGAGAAAUGCUGCUGUCAGGAUUGUAGUGCAGUGAUAAGGUAUUAGUGUGUUACUCACAGGGAUCUCCUGCUUCACCUGCAACUCAGGAUAAUACGUCAUGCAUCUGACAAAGAGUACUGCAGUCCGUGAAAUCUCAUGCCAUAAUAAA